CAUGGAGGGCAGAAGGCGAGACAAGGUGGCCAGCAGGGAGAGACUUGCAGUGCUGGCCUUGCAGCAGCCUGGAGUCCUAGUGAAAACUACAACUCCCAGAAGUCCCGGGCCCCUAAGAGGCUGGACCCACGGGGUGUGGGCGGGACCUUCAGAGCGAGCCCAGCAAUUCUCAGGCGGGAGCUGCUCCUGAAGUGGCGGGAGCAGCCGCUAUGGAAGAGCCGGAGGAGAAAGAGGCGCAGGUAAGGGGCAGGAGCCGGCAUUUGCCAGCGGAGUCUUUGACACACCCGCCCGCAGGGCGGAUCUCCUGCUAGGUUGCUGCGUGGUUGAAAAAGAUGUUUGGAGAUCAUCCUAUUCCACAAUAUGAGGUCAAUGACCGGACCACAGAGAUUUUACAUCACCUUUCAGAACGCAACAGGGUCCGGGACAGGGAUGGCCACCUGGUAAUAGAGGACCUGAAACAGAAAGCAAGUGAAUAUGAAUCAGAAGCCAAGCAUCUUCAAGACCUUCUCAUGGAGAGUGUGAAUUUUUCCCCUGCCAGUCUCUCCAGCAUUGGUUCUAGGUAUCUGAAUGCUUUGGUUGACAGUGCAGUGGCCCUUGAGGUAAAGGAUACCUCAGUAUCUAGUUUUCUCUCUGCAGUGAAUGAUUUGACCUCUGACCUUUUUCGUACCAAAUCCAAAAAUGAAGAACUCAAGCUUGAAUUGUCAAAACUUGAAAAAAAAUUAACUGCAAGUUUAGUAUUAGAAAAAUGUCUACGAGAGGAUCUCAAGAAGACGGAGUUGCAGCUGUCUACAGAAAGGGCCAAAGUUAACCAUCGUCUUCAGAACAUGGACUUCCUAAAAGCAAAGUCAGAGGAGUCCAGGUUUGGAAUCAGAGCUUUAGAGGAGAAACUUGCAGCCAGAGGCAUGGAGGCUUCUCUGUCUCAUCAGUCACUAGUGGAGCUUUCAGAGAAACUGGAAGAACUAAAACAACAGACUAUACCUUUGAAGAAAAAAUUGGAAUCCUAUUUAGAUUUAAUGCCGGAUCCAUCUCUUGCUCAAGUGAAAAUUGAAGAAGCAAAGCGAGAAUUAGCUACCAUUGAAGCUGAACUCACAAAGGAAGUAGAAAUGAUGGAACUGUGACCAGAGCCAAAUAAACUUGGUGCUCCCAAAGAAAGCAAAUUAAAUAGGACUUUCAUCUUAAGAU